CUCCAGCCAAGCAGUCCGCGGUCGAGCAGCUCCAGUGCGCGCUCCUCGUCUCCGUUCCGCCCCACCCCCGCAGCAAGCAGCAGUAGCAGCCCCUCCCUCGACGUCCGCGUCGAGCCGAGCCCCCGCCACUGCUCCCCCGCCCCGAUUUCCCCGGUCGAUCGCGACCUCUGGCGACCAAAUUGAGCAACUCUGAGUUCGCUGACGCUUCGCCGAGUCCACUGGUUGUGGGAGUGGAGAGCAGCCCCGCGCCGAGCCUUCCGCCAGGAGUAAAGUUGCUGCAGACAGCAGAUCCGACGGUGACCGCCUCGACGAGCGAGCAGCGAAGUGGCGGCGCAGUCGACGGAUGGGAUAAGUUUGCUGGCCUAAGACCGACCGACACGCGACGACAGUGCCCUGCCUACUAGAGAAGAGAAGAGAGAAGAGAGCAAGUCCACCCUUCCUGCUUCUGCCCAACCGACCGACUAUCUACCCUUAAACUAUAUAGACUCGUGAUAGAGACACGAUGAUCGCGCCGACGAACAAGCCGACGAUGGUCAAGUGGGAGCACCUGUCCUUCGUGAUCAUGGACGCCCCCAACGACAGCAACCUGCACAUCUACCUCAAGGAGCUCAAGAAGCACAACGUCACGGACCUCGUGCGCGCCUGCGAGGUCACCUACAGCAGCGAGUCCGUGGAGGCCGCCGGCAUCCACGUGCACGAGCUCGAGUUCCCCGACGGCGAGUCGCCCGACCCGGAGAUCUUGGACCAGUGGCUCGACCUGGUGGAAGACUGCUUCAAGGACAACGCCAUCGACUCCAAGAACAACAAGUCCAUCGCGGUGCACUGCGUCGCAGGGCUGGGCCGAGCUCCCGUGCUGGUGGCUAUCGCGUUGAUCGAGUACGGGCUGGACCCCAUCAACGCCGUGGAGCACAUCCGCAAGUUCCGGCGUGGGGCCAUCAAUCUGCGCCAGCUCAAGUACCUGGAGAAGUACCAGCCGCGGCGUGGCAACAAGGCCAAGUGCACCAUCAUGUGAAGGGGCGAUGGGGGGAAAAGACGCCAGGCGCAGGCU